AAAAGCGAUUUUGCAACUAGCAACACAGAAUAUCAUCCUUGUUACUUGAUCGGACCAAAUACAGUGCAAUGACGGUACCCCAGUUGCAGCAACCCCAUCACUGAAGAACUCCGCGUUCGUUGUCGCGAUGAUCCAUCCAUCGUGUGGCGUGCUCCGGGGACUUGAUGCUUGAUGCUGUACGCCGUACACACAUCUCCCGAGAAGGAUUGAUGAAGUGAAAGGAAAUCUAUAAAUACGACAUUAUUGGCGCACUUCCGGAACCAGUCCGGAAGAUUCGGUCGUUGAAAGAAGAGCAAGACUCCGUGCAAGUCCGUGAGUGUUCGUUUGUUCAAGACUGUAAUGUCCGCCGCGAGAAAGAAGAUGAAGAAUAACAGCGAUGGGAACAGUAGUGGAGGUUACGUCUCGGUGCCGGAGUUCUACACCGGGGCCGAUGUGUUCCUGACCGGGGGGACCGGGUUCAUGGGCAAGGUGCUGAUCGAGAAACUGCUGCGAUCCUGCCCGGACGUUGGCCGCGUGUUUGUGCUGAUGCGCUGCAAACAAGGCAAAACGCCCGAAACCCGAGUGCGGGACCUGACCGACAAUCCACUGUUCGAAACGUUGAAAAUGAAAAGUCCAGAAGCCCUCGCAAAAUUGGUACCAAUCUUUGGCGACUGUAUGCAGUUGCGGCUGGGAAUGUCCGACGAGGACCUAGAUCAGUUGCAAAAUGUGUCAGUUGUGUUUCAUCUGGCUGCCAGUGUGAGGUUCAAUGAUCCGUUGAAGGAUGCCAUCCUGACGAAUGUGCUGUCGACGAGGGAAAUUUUCGAGAUUUGCAAAGGAUUGCCCUUGCUGAAGGCGGUGGUGCAUGUGUCGACGGCCUACAGUAAUCCGGAGCAGAUAAAUGUGGAAGAGAGGUUAUACCCACCAAAAGCGGAUUGGAGAAAGAUGCUAGAUUGUGCCUUGCAGUUCGAUCAUCAAGUAUUAAACAUUUUAACAGAUAAGGUCACAAACUCCGCCCCCAACACGUACACCUUCACCAAAGGCCUCGCCGAGCAGAUAUGCAUAGACUACCAGGACCAGCUCCCGUUGGUCAUCUUUCGGCCCUCGGUGGUGGUCAACACCAUCGAUGAACCGCUGGUCGGCUGGAUAGACAACCUAAACGGGCCCUCGGGGAUGCUCCUGGGAGCCGGAACCGGCAUUGUCCGAACGGAUCUCCUUCCAAUAGAGAACCGUGUUAACACCAUCCCGGCCGACAUUUCCAUCAAGGCCCUACUGCUGGCCGCCUGGCAGCGUGGAACCAAAGAGCAAACCCUUCGGGAGGACUUCCUCCCGGUGUACAACAGUGCCGCCGAGUACGAACACUCGUGGCAGUACAAAAAGAUGCUGGACUGUGGCAAGGCGAACAUGACGAAGCUGUCGUUUACGAGGCUGCUGUGGGUACCGGGUGGAAGUGCAACCACCUGGCGGAUAAAGUACUACGUGAUGGUGCUGUUGACGCACAUACUGCCGGCCUUGCUGGUCGAUGCGCUGUGUGUGCUGACUGGGAAAAAGCCAUUCUUGAUGAAAAUCCAAAGGAAGGUGUUCCUGGCGCAGGCUUCACUGCGUUACUUUGUGUAUAACCAAUGGUUGUUUGAAACCAAACGGUUUCGAUCGCUACGGGAUGAGCUGCAGGGCGGUGAUAUCACAACCUUCAGCUGGCAUCUUUCGGAGGAGAAGGUGGAUCAGUUCUACUUCGACUGCUGGCUCGGCGUCCGGCGGUAUCUGCUGAACGAUCCGGACGACACCUUGCCCAAGGCGAUCAAAAAGAUGAACCGACUGAUCCUGAUCGAUCGGAUACUGAAGGCGGCGUUCGCCCUGCUGGUGGUGUAUCUCGUGUGGCGGAGUUCCAUUUUCCAUAGUUUGGAAACUCAACUGGUGAGGCAUAGCCGAUGAAU